GUCGGAAAGAGUUGGAAUCUAGCAGAAGCCUAGACGGUGUUUAGCGCGAGGCGAAUCGCAAGAGGAGAGCCGAGCCUUUUAAGACGAAGUAAGACAUGCGCGCUUUUCCAGGAUGGACAUCGACGGUGAAGGAUUAAGGUGUUUUCUGCUGCAAGCUCACGUCGCCGAUACUCUCUUCGACGUACCAUGCUGCCACGGAAAAGGUGGAGUCAUCUAUCAUGUCCAAACUGUGGGAUUACGACUUUCUUUCUAUGCAUCCAGUUUUCUAUUCUCCUCGCGGGCGUGCUCCACACCGAAACGGUCGCUGGAGACCUGAGCCCGGACCUGAAGGAGAAGGCCAAAUACCUCGUCGAAAAGCUUAGAAGCGACAACGAGACUGAAGACAUCCCUCCCCCUCCGGCAGAAAGGUAUAAAAAGCCGGAGAUCGACACCGCUGCCCUGCUGAAAGAGCUGGGUGAAGAUAUCCUACCCAAAUACAUGAGUAUCUCGAACCCGAACAUCACACAACGAACUCCAUCGGUAGAGCACAAAAUUCGACAGAAGAGCGGCCCGCGCCACAAAACGUUGAAGGAUCUUCUCGGAGGUCGGGUUGAUGAUCUUCCGAAAAACAACCCGGAAUUCCGCCGACUUCUGAAGAAGUUCCUGCGGAACCAUAGUCAGUGUAAGGUCUCAAGAUACUGGGCGGAUAUGGGAGACCGCUAUUUCCCACGCUACGUGCGGAAAGGCUACUGCGCACACACGAACUCGAGUUGCUCCAUUCCUCCAGGUUUAACAUGUUUGCCUGAAAAGAGGAAAGAGCUCAAACUUAUGUACUGGGCUUGUCACAUAAGCCGAUUCUCAAAACGCACGCGUGUGGGAUCUGACGAAGGAGAUGACGACUUCGACAUGGAAAACAUGAGGUGCCGGUGGAGGAAGGUUGUGUACAGCGUUCUGGAUGAAUGUACAUGCCGUUGCAAACCUUCUUCAUCGGAGAGCGUUGACCUGGAUGAAUGAACGGUGAAUCUAGAAAUCUAGAGUUCCAGUGUCACAAAAGAACACGGGAAAAAAAUCGCGAUCGACACCGGGACAGAGCGCAUCAUCGCGAGCCCUCAAGAUAUCGACAAGCUCGUCCGAGGGGAAAAAUGACUUGUUCGGGCCCCCUAUCCUCCAUCGUGUUCGUCCCCGGAUCCCUUCGACAACCCGACAUAGCAGCGGAAAGAAUCGAGGCAAGCUGAAAGUGUAAACUAUGUGUACAUAUAUCCCACCAUAAAAUCAUCCCCAUGCGCUCUUAACAACUACGGCAUCAUCACCGACAACACGAGAAUGUCAACGAAUUCAUCGGCGAUCCCAGAUUGCGAGUCAGUGACAGCGAGCAAUCAUUAAUCGAGAAGGAAGCGACAACAAAAAGCCACACCCGUUCAUGUACUUGUAUGUAAUACUUUUUGUUGUAACUUAUGUAUACGGACUCCUAACCUUGCGCUUAUAAUGUUAGCGGAGAAACAUUCAACGUCGGUCGAUUGCGAAGAGCAGUUGCUGUUAGACUAGGGAUUGACGAGAAGGCGAACGAGGGGACGAGGAAAUGGAAGACAAUAAACUAGCGAUUUUUAAUUUA